UCUUCUUUAUUUUCUUCUAGAGCAGUCUUAACAGUGGAAGCAUUCAUGGAUAUAGUUGGCACAUUUAACCAUUUGAUUCCCAGUGAUCAGUUGGAAGACUCCCUGCUCCUUGGUCAGAACUUGGAAUGUGAAGCAAGUGAUGAGUUUGCAUCAAGCCACAGCCUGCCAGGAGACUCGCUCAAGAACAUGCUUAGUGACAAGGAUCCUAUGUUUGGAUCUGCCAGCACACAGUUUCAUCUCUUGGAAAAUGAUGACACUAAAUUUCAGCUCUCCAGCUCUUUGGACCCUGACAUGAAAACUUCAGGCUUCAGCCAGACUUGUGCCGAUGGGAUCGGGACUCCGGCCAAAUUUCCCCGAGGAAGGAGGAAAGGCACCACUCUGUUACAGAGGAAACAAACCGCUUUUUCGUCUAGAGGCCGAGGUAGAGGUGGACAGACAAGGCGCCAAGGUCCAUUUCAAGGAGUUUCCACUGAAGCGCUUUGCAGAAAAGCUGGCCAGAUAUCCGGAGUAAAGGAGGAUGAUGAACCAGGAUCAAGUAGCUUAUCAGUAGCGGAGAUGUGCAUGGAGAAACAGGAAGACUUACUGAGCCGUCGGUUUAAUGUCCAUGAAGUUGACCCAUCGAUGAAUCCUGUGGUCGUGUUGAGGCGUUUAACAGUGACAGUAGGGGGCUACAAAAUUGAGCUGUUGCCUGGACCUUCUCACACAUCCGGAUCAUUUAACACAGGCACCCUUCAGUCUCUGAGCUUCCAGGAUGAUUCCAUGACAAUUGAAAGCAAUGGGUUUGAUCUGGGACAGGCCCAGUCUUUUGAUAUGCAUUCAACCCCAGAGGUUGUUGAAGAGCUUAAUGUCAUUGAACAUGGAGCUAAUGAAAUGCCGAUGGAUUUAGGCCCGUAUGUAAAUCCAAAUGUAGUGCAACACAGCAACGGUGUGACAGAGGUAACCACGGACGCCAAAGCCGUUGACCAGAACAAUGCUGAGAAGCUGAAUGAUGACAAAUCAGAAAGGAAAAAUGUCAAGACAGAUAAAAUCGCUGUGAAAAAGCUCCUGAAACCCAAGCAGCCACUGAGUAUAACCAAAAACAAACAGCUUAGCAGAACAGGCAUCCUGCCAAAGGGGUCCAAGCUUCACAAGCCACAAGAUAAAAAGGUGCAAAAAGCUACAGCAGAAAAUAAACACAUUAAAGGCAAGCCAAAUAGCAUCGACCUAAAACAGCCAGCUUUGUCUCUCAAACCCAAACAAGCCUCGAAACCACAAAAGGAGCAAGUCUGUGAUCUGGUGAAGCACAAUGUCAGCCCCUCUUUUCCACGCUCUCCCACAGUAAACAGAAAAGUGUCCUCAGAUUCCAGUCCUGGUACUAAAGUAGCAAUGAAUAAAUCUCCUUCUUUAGUAAAGAAGCCACAAAAUCCAUCACCAGCAGGGGCCAAACAAAGUCAGUCAGGGAAGGAUGGCCCAGCAGAGGAAGAACAGGAGAAAACAAAAAUCAAGAAACCAGAAAAGAUCUUGCCGAGACAGAGAAGCAGAAGCAGCAGAAGCAUUUCUAUAGAUGAACCUGAGCUGUUCAUUCCUGAUAAUGCUCCUGUGGUGAAGAAGGGGCCUGCAGAGGGGGAACCUACACCUGCUUCUGAAAAUGAGACCGCAUGGGAUUCAAGCAAACAAUGUGGAUUAUGUAAUAAACCACACAGCAAUAGAUUCAUGGUAGGCUGUGGGCGCUGUGAUGACUGGUUUCAUGGCGACUGUAUUGGACUGGACCUAGCUAAAGUACAACAAAUGGAAAAGGAUGACCAGGAGUUUGUCUGUCUUAAAUGCUGUGCCGAUGAAGGUGGGAAAGGCAACACUGAGAAUACAGACAACAAUUCAGCAUCAGAUCUGAAACAGGGACCUGAAGCAUCGGUUACGGCUGGCGGAAUCCGGCCCUUUAGGAAGGACUCGGGAGAAAGACGAUCAUCAGUGGAUUCAGCACCGAAAACCGGGUCAUCUGUGAAGCAUGAGGUGAAGAAAGCGAAAAUUUCUCUUCCAAGCUUAAAGAAACCAUCCACUGGACAAAUCAGGAGGAGUGUCCGAGACUCACUAGAGGAGAUUCUUCUGAAAAGGCUGAAGGAAUCAGACUUGAAGAUCGCAAAAGAGAAGCCAGCAGAACUGGCUAAAGGUACAGAAAAAGAGCUUUUUGCACUUUUCCAAGGUGUCGACAGCAAGUACAAGAACCGAUACCGAAGCUUGAUGUUCAACCUCCGAGACACAAAGAAUAAUGUAUUAUUUAAGCGUGUUCUCAAGGGGGAGAUUCCUCCUAGAGAUUUAGUUCGUAUGAGUGCAGAAGAACUAGCUUCAAAGGAACUGGCUGCUUGGCGACAACGAGAGAAUCGACAUACAAUUGAAAUGAUUGAGAAAGAACAGCGAGAAGUAGAGAGACGACCAGUCACCAAAAUCACACACAAAGGGGAGAUUGAAAUUGAGAACCAAGAACCUGCAAAAGCCCCUGAGGCCUUGCCUGAUCCUGUCCCUAAAGCUGUUGAGGUGUCUGAGGAAAAAACUCCAGAAUCAAAGGCAGAAAGCCCCAAGAAAUCUAAUGAUACAACAAGCUUGCACAAGUCCCAUCUUUUUGAUCUUCACUGCAAGAUCUGCACAGGCCGAAUGGCUCCACCAGUGGAGGAGGCAACCACUAAGGUUGUUAAAGUGGCCACAACAGUCAUUAGAAGGCAGUCCACAGUUACAGAAGGAGAGAGCCAUGAAACCACGCCCACAUCUCCACCUAUUGCUCCAUCGGCCCUGGUGGAUGACUUAUCUUUGAGAGCGAUGGAAGAAGGCCUUCUUCGCUUCCCUGCUUAUGAGUCAAGGUUGGAAAGCGCGAGUAGCAAAGAAGAUACAGUUGCAUUCCUCGCUGGUUUAGAAACAUUAUGGAACGGAUAUAUAGACAUGCCAUCUGUAGCACGGUACCUUACAAAAGUUUACCCUGUCUCUGGAAUUUUGGACCACCUAACUGAGGAUCUGCCAGACACAAUUCAGGUUGGUGGAAGGAUCUCUCCACAAACAGUCUGGGACUAUGUGGAGAAAAUUCGUGCUUCUGGUACAAAGGAAAUAUGUGUAAUUCGCUUCACCCCAGACACAGAGGAAGAUGAGAUCUCCUACACCUUGCUGUAUGCCUAUUUCAGUAGUCGCAGACGAUACGGUGUUGUUGCUAACAAUCGCAAACAAGUUAAAGACAUGUAUCUCAUCCCUCUUGGCGCCACUGAAAAAAUCCCACAUCAGAUUGUUCCAUUUGAUGGCCCGGGGUUGGAGACAAACCGACCAAACCUUCUCCUGGGAUUAAUCAUUCGUCAGCGGCCCAAAAGGGACUUUGGGGUCCUCCUACCAAGUGAGGCUAGUGAACCUCCAAGUUUCUUGGCAGAGAACAAACCUCAGGUAGACCCUAUCCAGAAAGCUGUGGUGGCCCAAGAUGAAGAAAAAGACUUCAUAAGCGGUCUUGGACAUGUACAGAAAAAGGACAGUGCAAAUCUUGGCAAAUCUUUAGUGACUGAAUCUCAGCUAGAUAUCGAGGAUGAGGAAAAUGUCUCAUUACGUUUCCUCCCAGGUGUGCUAACGCAGCCUAUAUCUGAGAAGGCUAUGCUAUCGGAUGAUGAAGUAAAGAACACAACUAGUGGUGCAGUCAGUCAGACUUCCAGCUCUGAUGGUGACGCCUCAGGACGUGUCACUCCUAAAACACCCACCACCCCCAGACUGGACCGUUUCGUCAUAAAAAAAAAAGAUCUGAAAUCUGGCGAGAUGAAACAAGAUCUGAAAUCUGGCGAGAUGAAACAAGAUCUGAAAUCUGGCGAGAUGAAACAAGAGCCAGCCAGCUCAAAUGCAGAGAUCACAAGUUCACAAGGGAAAGAAAAAGAAGAUGGACCACAGAGUGGAGUUGUAUUAUCUCUAAAGGAUAAACCAGGAGAUGUAUCAACAGAAACUUUCCUGUCUGGCCUUUCUACAAUUCAGCCUAGUACUGAACCCCACAACACUGAAGCAAAAAGAGAUACACCACCACCAAGCACACAGCCCAGUCAAAACAUCAACUUGUCUCCUGUAUUCGCUUCAACUGCAUCGACAGAUAGCACUAAUGAUGCCACCGAAGAUGUUUCCGAGCACAAAACUGCGGAAAUUCCAACUAAGGCUGUAAAACUAUCUACAAGUGGCAUUCUGAAAAAGACUGAUGAGUCAGAAUCUGUUGACGCAAAGCAGUUGUCUUUGAAUAAAGACAUUCCACAACCAGAAGUCACCCAAUUUACACCUUCAGACCAGUCAUCAGUUGACCAGUCAUCAGUUACCCAGUCUGCACCUUCACAACAAUCCUCAGCAACAGUGUCUGUACAGCCACCCUCAGAGUUUAAAGCCGUUGAAGACAUCCAGACCAUAACCACUAUUUCCUUGUCUGGAAAAAAUGAAGGCAUGAAACCAUCAAGACAACGUCUUCUAAGCCCCUCUCCUUUUACCACUGCAAGUCAUGGGCCUCCACUAGCUACAUUUCCUCCUUAUCGCACUGCACCAGUUGACCAUGUGUACCACCCUGGACCAGUGCCUACCUACCCACCUCAAUCUAACCCUGCACCAUUUAUACCCCUUCAUCAGCAGGCCCCUCCACCAUUUAGCUACCCUCCACCUCUGCCUCCUCCAAUGAUGUUCCCCCAGAAUGACCCUCAAAAUCAAAUGCAUGCCCCACCUUGGGUUCAGGCAGUGCCUCCUCUGGCUUGUUUUCCACAGGUAGUUCCAGAGGCAGUCGCUGGGCCUCCACAGUCAUAUACAACCCCUAGAUUUCCUGAUUCCUCCAUGCUGAAUCUUCCACCAUUGAGCAAGCGUGAUCAGGGCUCUGAGCUGUGGGACAGGAAACCCAGGCCUUUGGCCGACCCUUUCAAAAAGGAUGACCGAGACCACUAUGGGAGGUACAGGCACAAGAGCCAACACUAUGAGCGAGAGAGGCACAAGGCCAGGAGCCGCAGCCAAAGCCGCAGCAAGAGCAGGAGUCGCAGCAGGAGUCGAAGCCGGAGCAGGCACAGACGUAAGAGCAAACACUCGCGAGAGGACAGGCACGGGGAGAAGAAGAAAGAUAGACAUCACAGCAGUCACCACAGGGACAGGGAAAGGGACAAACACAGACGGGACUCUGAUCAUGAAAAACACCGGAGAGACUCAAGAGAGAGGCAUUCAUGAUCUUGUUCAACUAAUAUACCCAUUCAAUAUCAUUGACCAGACAUGUUCUUUUUGUAUUUUACUGCAUAGUAAGAAGUUAUUUAUAACAUUUAAAAGCCGCUUUUUAUGAGUGUAAUUUUUACGUUUUUAGUUGUUCAUGGUUUGGAGUAAAUUUUGUCGUUUUAAAGUUUUAAUUAACACCGGAACCAGAAGUCUCAUUCAGAACCAGGUUUUCAUAUUAUUAAAAAAAAAAAGUAUUUCCUCUGCAUUUUUAAAAUAUCCUCAACAUUUUCUAUUUGCAUUGAAUGACAAUGUGUCUGUACAUUUUGGUUUAUCAAAUAGUAGAGAGAACAUGCUCUCUGCACAGUGGGUCUAUGGACAUCAUAAAAUCUUUUUAUUGUUGAUUAAAAAAAUAAAACAAUUUAUUAAAAAUG